CCCCAGCUUCUCAAGUCUGCUGUAACAGUUAUAGGUGUGAAAUGUGCAGACGAUGGAAACAAUGUAAAAACAUUUUCACUUUUAUUUUGUUUGGAAUGUGCUCGUGAUUCGGACUUGAAAAUGAGGUUUCGUUUGUUGUCUAAACGCCGUUUUUUACUACUGGUUGGCGUGCUGGUGCUGUAUUUACUGAGUGUUUUAUUGGUGCUUCACCGGACCGUCACAUUUAUGGAACACUCAAAGAUGAUUGAACAGGAGACAGCAUUGCUCCCUGUUUUAGUGACGUCACUACGUCAAGAUGUAGAUAACUUCAGUCACGUGAUAUUGGGCAGUACGUCCUUGAACCUGACAUUCGAUAAUGAUUUAGAUCAAAUCAGACCUCCGCUCCAGUUCUACAACAACACAGAGAUCCAAGAUGGCGGCCAACAGACGUGGGAGAAAGUGGACUGGAACGAUUACGAUUUGAUGGCCAGAGAGGCCACGCGUCAGGGCCCGGGAGAGCACGGCCAGGGCUUCCCCACCUCACGGCUCCAAGAGCCGGAGAAGAAGCUGUGCGAAGAGCUGCGGGCCAAGUACAAGUUUAACGCCUUCGCCAGUGACCGGAUCGCAUUUGACCGGUCGAUUGGCGACAUCCGGACAGACGUCUGCAAGAAAAAACUCUUCAUCAAAAACAUCCCAGAAAACUCCGUCAGCAUCAUAUCCAUCUUCUACAACGAGAAGAACUCCACGCUGAUUCGAACCAUUCACAGUUUGGUCAACCGGUCACCUAAGAAGCUUCUCCGGGAGAUCAUUCUUGUGGACGACUGUAGCUCAGACGAGGAGUUAAAGGCACCAUUGGACGCCUACCUGCAGACAAACUUCCCGGCUGUUCGACUCAUCAGGAACAAGGACAGGAUUGGCCUCAUUAAAAGCAGGAUCGUUGGGGCAGACGCUUCCACCGGAAGUUUCCUACUCUUCUUAGACGCCCACACGGAAGUCAACUACAACUACCUGCCUGCUAUGCUGGAGCCAAUCGUCAUGGACUACCGAACUGUCGUCUGCCCAAUGAUAGAUAUCAUCUCGGAUGAGAACCACAUGAUCCGGCCUCUAAUAGAGAGGGAGAGGGGGGCGUUUGACUGGAGCAUGUCCUACCAGCGCCUGCCGGUGUUCCAGGAGGACCAGAGUGAGCCCCACCCCGUCCCCACCAUGGUGGGCUGUGCCAUGGCCAUUAGCAGACAGUGGUGGGAGGAGCUAGGCAAGUACGACUCAGGGCUGGACAUCUGGGGCGGGGAGCAGUACGAGAUCUCCUUCAAGUCGUGGCAGUGUGGGGGUAAGGUCGUGGACGCGCCCUGCUCCCGGGUGGCGCACCUCUUCCGUAAACUUCCCUACGCGUCGUUGCUGAUGGAUAAAAAAAUUGACGACAGGAACCUGCUGCGCGUUGCCUCGGUAUGGAUGGAUGAGUACAAGGAGUACCUGGUGCAGCGGCGGCCCGUCAUGAAGACCAUUGACCCUGGGGAUCUGACGGAACAACGGGCCGUCAGGGAGCGACUCAAGUGCAAGUCUUUUGACUGGUACAUGCACGAGGUGGCGCCUGAUAUCCUGCACUUCUUCCCGCCAAUUGACCCACCCAUCAUGGCGUCUGGUCGUCUGAUGAGCAAACACAACAGCGACCUCUGUGUCGUCACUAAAACCCAAGGAUUUAAUCUAGAUCUGUGCAACAAAAGUGUUGCCGGGCGAUACGAAUACGACUGGCGAUUACAUAUCCGGACCUACGGACAGUGUUUCGCCAAUCCGGGAGGCCGUUACAUCUUCAUGUACACAUGUCUGGUGUUCGAGCACCGACUGACGCAGGGGUUCGUCUGGAACCAAACAUCCGGUAAAAUCGUCAACGUCUUCACACACAGCUGCAUAGACUACGACCCCGCUACACUUGAUCUACUGAUGGCGCCGUGUAACGCUAGCUCCCCCACUCAGAGCUGGACGUUUGACCACUUCAACGCUACUCUAGUGGACAAUACCUGGGAGGCGAACAAAGCCUCCCUCGGACUCAAUGCCACCAAUGUAUAAGUCCCCGACCGAAUCUUUCAUCAGGGAUUUGUUUGCGUGAGUGUCCUGUUGCCACUACCGAUAGUAGGCCUACUUAGGGAGAGUUCACCGAAAUCGGAAAUGUUCAUACCGGAAGUAGCCAACUUAUGGAAGGCUGUCUUUAUGGUGAUUCAUGUGUGGGGAAUAAUGAAUGCUGUCAGGAUAAUCGUGUUGUGAGGGUAGGAAUGUUGUGUAUGUAGAGAUGUGACUGAGGGUAGGAAUGUUGUGUGUAGGGCUAUUGUGAGGCUCAGAUUUUAUGAUGAUAAGGGCACAUUAGUGCUAUAACUGAAUCCUUGUGUGUUAGGUUUGCUAAAAAUCUGUAUACUUUACUGAAGCUAUUUUUGUAUUAAAUGUAGCAAAUGAAGUAUAGUUUUUAUAUAAGAGUCUCCAGAAAUUGCUGAAGUAAAUGAUUUGACUAUGAAUGUAUGAUGACCUUAACAAAGAAUGUUGUAUUCAGUUGUCUUAAUAUGUUAGGCCUGGCCUAAUUUGAACUGCUGCAACAGCGUAAAAAUGAUCACAUUUUGCAGUUAAUGUUUUUUUCUUCUUAAAUUAACAUAUUGUUAAUUAAGUCAGGAACUCAAUCUAAAAAAAUAAAGAAGUGCAUAGUAUUAGCUAAAUACCCCCAUCCAUUGGACAAGUCUGGCCUAAAAAAAAAACGCCGUGGACCUGCCAACCCCAUCAAGAGACAUAUAGACUAUAGACAAGUCUAAAAUAACAUCAAUGACAGCAAAGAGAAAGAGUACAAAUAUUUCUGGUCCAAACUUGACCCAUUUUCUUCUAUACAUUCUACAGC